AUUCAGACCAGCUAACGUCCGCAUCCAGUAUUCAGUGGCAGUUCUCAUAGCCCCACCACACUGUUUGUGUCUAAUACAUGCAUCGCUUCUUCUCCCAUCGAUGUUCUCCGGGCGCUGGGGCUGUCAGAGGACAUGGAGGGCGUAUCCUCGCACUCUGGUCUCUGCAGCAACAGUAAGGAGGUGGAGGGAACACACCAGGCCUUCAGAAUAGACCAGAAAAUCCAGCUCAGUGCUCCCACCAAACAACUUUUCCCCGAGUCCACAUUCCCUGUGAAUUUCUCCCUCCUGGCAACUGUGCGAGCCAGAAAGGCAUCACGGUCAUUCCUGCUCUCCGUGUAUGACGAGCGUGGGGUGCAGCAGCUGGGGCUGGAAGUGGGCCCUUCGCCUGGCUUCCUGUAUCGGGGUCAGACGGCUGCAGAAACGUACCUCACGUUCAAGGACGUCAAUCUGACUGACGGAGAGUGGCACAGGAUCGCCUACCGUGUGCAAGGCGAGUCAGUCACUCUCUUUCUGGACUGUUCCAAGGUAGCAACUCAGGAGCUAACGCGAGGAGAUGACGCCAUCAUCAGCACGGAAGGCAUCAUCGUGUUCGGAUCGCGACUACUAGUUGAAGGCGUAUUUGAGGGAGAAAUUCAACACUUGCUGAUUGACGAUGACCCCGAGGCUGCUGCCGCUUACUGUAUCAACUACGUGCCAGACUGCGACUCGGAUUCGCACAACAGCCAAGGCCUGGACCUUCACGGGAAGUCCCAACUGGAACAGUCAGAAGAACCACAAGCCAAAAAGGGCAGAAAGGGCAAAAAGAACAAAAAGAAGAGGGACAAGGCUUCCAAGGGGAAUGGCAAGCGUAAAGGCAAGGGGAAGGGUAAAGGCAAAGGCAAAGGAAAGAAGAAGGGAUCCAGGAAGAAUACACUAGAGGAGAAACAUUUGGAUGAUGGCUUCAUUGGCGUUUCAACCAUGCUGCCAGAGUAUCUGUCCCAAGAGCCUUUUUUGGACCUAAAAAGCACCACUAAAGUCUACAAUGAUGAGUCCCUUGUGGAGAUGCCUACGAAUGAGCCCUCAACAGAAGCUCCCUCACCAAGCAUCAUAAUCGCAUCAGUUGGUGAUGAGGAACCCGAGACAAGAACGAGCCCAGCGGUGGAUGACCUUUACAGCAACCUUAUUGACGACCUUGCUGUUUCCAUAGUAACUGCGGGCACGAAUAUAACUGAAUCUGAGGUUCUCGAACACGACGACUACAACAACACAAAGUUUGAGUAUGAAGAGUACGAAAUAUACGACGAAGGCUACGAUUUUGCCUUAAGAGAACGAGCACAGACGUGGGAAGGAAAAACAAGACUACCGACUGAGAAAGGACAGAAGGGUGAGCCCGCAGUAUUUGAACCGGGUUCUCUAGGUGAAGGACCGCCAGGCAUGCCGGGAAUGGAGGGACUUCCUGGACCAGCUGGACCAAUAGGCCCCCCAGGACCAAGUGGAGACCCUGGCGAAAUGGGUCCUGUAGGACGUCCCGGUCUUCCCGGGGUAGACGGAAUUCCCGGUCCACAAGGAACCUUGCUGAUGCUACCUUUCCAGUUUCAAGGCAAUUCCCAAAAAGGACCGGUGGUGUCCCCGCAGGAAGCGCAAGCGCAAGCUAUUAUACAACAAGCUCAGCUUUCAAUGAAGGGCCCUCCAGGUCCGGGAGGUCUUACAGGCCGGCCAGGUCCACUGGGUGUUCCAGGCCCCGCUGGCUCCAAAGGAAAUGUUGGUGAACCGGGCCCUCCGGGACCUCAAGGAUUACCGGGACUACAAGGAAGUAAUGGCAAACCGGGGAAAAUGGGACGGGCUGGAACAGAUGGAGGACGUGGAGCUCCAGGUGAAACUGGUGUUAAGGGUGAUCGAGGUUUUGAUGGCCUGCCAGGACUCCCGGGAAACCAGGGACACAAAGGUGAAAGAGGAAAGCCCGGUCCUCAAGGUCCUCACGGAGAGCCAGGAGAAAAGGGACCAGAUGGACCUGUUGGGCCAAGGGGCCAACCUGGUGAACCCGGUCCACGGGGUCUUUUCGGGCCAAGGGGACCACCAGGACCACCUGGACAACCGGGUGUCCUGGGAGCAGAUGGCGCGCAGGGGUCAAAGGGAAACCAGGGUCCGCAUGGAGAAAUAGGACCUGCAGGACAACAAGGAAAUCCUGGACCACAGGGCUUGCCUGGAUCUCAGGGUCCCAUCGGGUUGCCGGGAGAGAAGGGUCCCCAGGGGAAACAGGGCUUGCAAGGAUUGCCGGGCAUUGAUGGACAGCCUGGUCACCCGGGAAGAGAGGGAUCUCAAGGAGAAAAAGGCGCCCAAGGAGUGAUAGGUCCCCAAGGGCCAAUCGGGUACCCUGGGAUCCGUGGCGUCAAGGGAGCUGAUGGAAUUCGAGGUCUAAAGGGUGUUAAAGGAGAGAAGGGAGAAGAUGGCUUCCCUGGCUUCAAAGGUGACAUGGGCCUCAAGGGAGACAGGGGCGAAAGCGGUGCUCCGGGUACUCGUGGCGAGGACGGAACAGAGGGGCUAAAGGGCCAGCAGGGAGCCAUGGGGGAUGUUGGACCUCCUGGGAUUGCUGGAGAGAAGGGUCACCUUGGAGUGCCAGGACUGCCAGGAUACCCAGGACGUCAAGGGUCAAAGGGAUCAUUUGGCUUCCUUGGUGCGGCAGGAUCUCCAGGAGAGAAGGGACGAAGGGGUCCAGCUGGCCAGCCAGGAUCUGCAGGUCAAAGAGGUCCUAAUGGGGCCCGAGGAGGAAGAGGAGCAAGAGGUCCUACUGGGAAGCCUGGAGAAAAGGGUUCUUCUGGACAAGAAGGCACUCAAGGAUCUCCUGGAGAACAGGGUCCCCAAGGGCCACAGGGAAUGCAUGGAGAAACAGGUCCAAAAGGACCAAAUGGUCCGCCUGGAAAAGAUGGAGUACCAGGUCAUCCUGGCCAGAGAGGGGAGCCAGGAUUCCAAGGCAAAAAUGGCCCCCCUGGCCCUCCAGGUGUUGUCGGUCCACAGGGCAAAACUGGUGAAACGGGGCCAACUGGUGACAGGGGCCAUCCGGGUUCACCGGGACCACCGGGUGAGCACGGUUUACCUGGAUCGGCUGGAAAGGAGGGAGCCAAGGGAGACUUUGGUCCACCAGGAGCACCGGGAAAGAGUGGCCCUGCAGGAGUUCAGGGAUUUAGAGGAAGCAGAGGGAUCCCUGGCGCAACGGGUCCAGCAGGCUUAAAAGGAGGAGAGGGAGUAGUUGGUAUUCCGGGACUCAUUGGUGCAACAGGAGAAAGAGGACCCGCUGGGGCAGUGGGUGCUAUUGGCCAGCCAGGGCGGCCCGGAAGUGUAGGCCCUGCUGGGCCUUUGGGAGAGAAAGGCGAACCAGGAGAGAAAGGACUUGCUGGGCCGGCCGGGCAUGACGGGGAACAAGGACCUGUCGGACUGCCAGGAUCUGGGGGACCACCUGGGCCUCCAGGAGAAGACGGAGACAAGGGUGAGACAGGAGGACCAGGCCAAAAGGGAAGCAAAGGAGACAAAGGAGAAGCAGGACCUCCAGGACCUAUUGGAAUUCAAGGACCUGCGGGACAACCAGGACUGACUGGGGCAGAUGGUGAGCCAGGUCCUCGUGGGCAGCAGGGAAUGAACGGCGUCAAAGGAGAUGAAGGACUGAGAGGUUUUAAGGGAGCAACUGGUGCUGCCGGCCUACAGGGAAUGCCAGGACUGUCAGGCGAGAAAGGAGAAAGUGGGCAUGUGGGUUCGAUGGGACCUCCAGGACAACAUGGACCCCGAGGCCCACUGGGGCUAAUUGGUGCAGAGGGCCCAGCGGGAAUGCCGGGCGGAGUUGGUCAACCUGGGCCUCACGGGGAGAAAGGUGAGGACGGUGAAGCUGGAGACCCGGGGCCCGUUGGCGAGUCUGGAGCUGCUGGUGUAAAAGGGGACAUAGGGGAGAAGGGAGACUCUGGAGCACCUGGCUCAGCAGGACCUCCAGGAAUUCGAGGGACACCCGGAGAGGACGGACCAAAGGGCAAUGUUGGCCCUGUUGGAUUCCCAGGAGAUACUGGACCACCUGGAGAAAUUGGUGUUACUGGAAAAGAUGGUGGACCUGGACCUAAAGGUGAUGAUGGAGAAACAGGCAAAGCGGGGGCUCCAGGUGCCUCCGGAGAGCCAGGUCCUCCAGGACCUCCCGGCCGAAGGGGUCAUGUAGGCACUGCAGGUCUCGAAGGAAAGCAAGGAAUGAAAGGAGACAAGGGAACGAUGGGUAACCAGGGCCCAGUGGGUAAGACGGGCCCUGUGGGGCCGCAAGGCCAUCCGGGGAAGUCUGGUCCAGAUGGACUUUACGGCAUCCCAGGCCCUGCGGGUGAGCAAGGGUUAACUGGUCCACAAGGGCAAGCUGGACCACCUGGACCUAUGGGACCACCGGGACUUCUGGGAUUGAAGGGGGACCCUGGAAUAGAUGGAGAAAAAGGUCACGGUGGGUUGCUUGGCCUUGUAGGCCCACCAGGAGAACCUGGCGAGAAGGGUGACAGGGGCCUGCCUGGCACUGAUGGGGCACAUGGGCCUAAAGGAGAUGAGGGUGUGACUGGCCCACCUGGUCCAACCGGACCACCAGGACCACCUGGUCUUUCAGGUGCCGGUGGAGAAAAAGGAUCCAAGGGCAACACGGGUGGCAUUGGUCCCCAAGGUGAUCCAGGCCCUGCUGGCCCACCAGGACCCCCAGGACCAGCUGCUACAGUGGUUGAACCUCUGCCCAUCCGGGAGGGCAGGAAAAAGAAAAGACGCAACUCAUCUAAAGAGGAGGAAGUAGCUAUCAAUAUGGAAGACUUUCUGCAAGCAGAUCAGCCUUUAGGAGGAGAGGACGGAAUGGAGGAAGUCUUUGCUACGCUUUCAUCCAUGAAAAUGGAGGUGGAGCUGAUGAGGAGGCCCCUGGGGACUUUUGACAGCCCGGCACGCACUUGCAAGGAGCUCAUGAUGGUUCAACCGGAUUUCAAAGACGGAGACUAUUGGAUUGAUCCUAACCAAGGAUGCAACCGGGAUGCCAUCAAGGUCUACUGCAACUUCACAGCUGGCGGCGAUACAUGCUUAGACCCUGACAAGAAGAUCGAAAUGGUGAAAUCAGCAGCUUGGAGCAAAGAGAAACCAGGAAGCUGGUAUAGUCAAUACAGAAGAGGCAAUAAGUUCUCUUACAAUGACAUGGAUGGCAACACUGUCCAAGUCGUCCAAUUGACUUUCCUCAAACUACUGAGUGCCACGGCCAAUCAGCGCUUCACGUACACAUGCCAGAAUUCGGCGGGCUGGUAUGACAGCACGUCAAGCUCCUACCGCCACGCCCUGAGAUUCCGGGCCGGCAAUGAUGAGGAGCUGACGCAGGUCAAAAGCUCUUUCAUCCAUGCCGUCCAUGACGGAUGCCAGUUGCGCAAAGGUCACGAAAGUACAAUUCUGGAGAUGGACUCCCCCUCGGCCGAGCUGCUGCCCAUUAUGGAUGUGUCCGCAACAGACUUUGGCAACAGCAACCAAAAGUUUGGAUUCAGAGUUGGACGUGUGUGCUUCACUGGCUAACAAAACAACCAACGUAAAAAAAAAAAAAAAAAUACAAGACCACUGAACACUGCAAAACCAAAGAAACGGGAGUUUUACCACUGCCAUGAGCAAUAUUUAUUGUUCUAUUAUGUUGUGUAUUAUUUAAGACUUUCUUCACAGCCCACGUUGGGAGUUCCUUCGGCUUUACAAUAAGAAGAAAAAGAAGACAUUCAUCAGUUGCUACAAAGCACCAAAGGGAAAUAAGAUUCGUUCAUAUGUUGGGUUUAUGUUUUUCCAAUUUCCUUCCACAUAAAUUGGUCCCGCGCAAGGGUGAACGAGUGAUCUAUCGAAGCUUUUCAAAGACCGGCACUGAGUAAUUCCCAGACAUUCAUUUGCAUGCUACCGGUUCACUGUACUGCCAAUUGCAAAGCUGCGUCGAACUAGCUGAGCAUAUUAAUUAUAUACGGACGCAAUUCUUCAUCAUUUGUUUGCUGGAGUGAUGUAUUGUUCCCUUUACCCUUCAAGUGCAGUUUGCUAAACGUGAUUAGCAUUUAGGAGGUUCUGUUAAUGAGGAUUUAUUGAACUAGUGCUGGGCGAUAUGACGAUUGCGUCAAAGUAAUAGUAAAUUAUGUAUAUCAUAAUCAUCAUGUACAUCAUAAAUUAUAUUAGCAUAGAAAUCCGAUGUACUCAACUCUACGGUACGGAUACUUCUUCAUUUAUGAAAUGGAAAGCCACUAGAUGACCCUCUACCCCAAAACUUAGCGUAUGCUACAACACAAACAUGUGGUUUGAUUGAUUGCAAAUAAACUCAGAGUACCAGCUCAUUUGGUAACCAUGAAGACAAAAUUAUCAAGGCUGGGCAAUGAUAACGCAUUUUAACCUAUCGCAUGAGAUUAACGAUUAAUCGCGUUGUCGAAAACAGAAUCCAAUAAUCUGAUAAUAAAGCAGGAUUUAGCACACAGCAGGGCAGAGAAUGAAAAGUGGUAUAUGCCAUGUGGCAUUUUUUUGCCAUGUGGUAAACUGGAUUUUGCCAUGUGGCAUUUUUUUCGCUAUGUGUCAUUUUUUGUUGCUAUGUGUCAAAAUGGAUUUUGCCGUGUGUCUUUUUUUUUUUUUUUUUUGCCAUGUGGCCUUUUUUUUCCCAUGUGGCAUUUUUUUGCAAUGUGGCAAAAUGGGUUUUGCCAUGUGUCAAAAUGGAUUUUGCCAUUGUCUCGACAGACAGCGAGAACCAAAAUUUGGUAUUUGCCAUCUUUUUUCUUUUUUUGGGGGGCGGGGGGGGUAUGUGGCAUUUUUUGGGGUAUGUCAGUUUUUCAGGCCAUUCAAGUCCAAAAUUUCCAUUCAUUUUAAAUGGCAGAAUAACGUGUGGGUGUGAUUUGUGGCCAUCCACUUACCAUUAAAGCGCAUUGACAUUCAACUUACACCCAAGUCAGGCUAUGCCACUGACGGCUAUCCAAGUCCAAAUUUUCCAUUCAUAUUAAAUGACAGAAAAACGUGUGGCUGUGAUUUUACACUUUGACCAUACACUUUACAUUACAGCACAUUGACAUUCAACUGGCACCCAAGUCAAUGCGGUGUAAUACCACCCCCCAAAAAAAUGGCCACAUGGCAAAAGAAAAUCAAUUUUGCCACAUGACAAGAAAAAAUGCCACGUGGCAAAAUCCAUUUUUCCACAUGUCAAAAAAAAAUUCCACAUGGCAAAAUCAAUUUUGCCACAUGGCAAAACAAUGCCACAUGGCAAAAUCUUUUUUGACACAUGGCAAAAAAAAAGCCACAUGCCAAAAUCCAUUUUGCAACAUGGCAAAAUCCAUUUUGCCACAUGGCAAAUACCACUUUGGGUUCUCGGCCCUGUGGGCAGCAAGUACCAGUCGAAGGGGUAAUUCUGGGGCAUUUCUGGUCAUUGCCUGUUGAUUUUCAGUCACUUCCUGUUGAUUGAUGUUGCAUUUCAUGGUCACUUCCUAUUGAUUCUGGGGCAUUAAUCAACUUCCUGUUCAUAUUCUGUUACAGAGCAGGAAGUGACCCGGGAAUGCAGUGACUCAAACUCAACAGGUAGUGACCUGUCAAUUCCCUAAAAUAAACCAAAGGUGACCUCUAAAUGCCUCAAAAAUAGAAAACAAUGACUGUGAAUGCUCUGGGUUCGAAUGACCGAACGAUCAUUCGUCCUUCCCAGUCUUAAUGGAUUGGGCAUCGAGCGCCGUAAAUGGCAGCUAUAGAGUUAACUGAGACACUAUUAUAGUGGUAGAUUUUGGGAGCAACUUGGUUCCUUUUUUUUCUUUUUUAAACAUUGACAUCUUAAAACGAUAUCUCGAUUUUUGCCAGGAGCGUAUAGAUAACCUUUUGGGGUGCAAAGCAUCAUUAUACAGUAUAUCACCAUUUUGAUAUUUUGUCACACCCUUAAUUUUAAAUCAUUGGAACGGUUUACCGCCAUGGCCUCAUUCCCUGCCAUUGACGGUGAUAGACAUAGAAUCAAGCGGCGUCCAAUCAAUGAAGUGGGAAGUGGCAGUGAAUGAAAAUCGACAAAAACAAUCAUUAUUUAACCUGAUCUCUAUAAAUACUUUUUUCCCGCCAAAUGAUUAAGAAAAAUGUGCUAAAUUGUGAUUUAUCAUGAUAUAAGAUGUAUUGUGAUAUACAUUUUGCAAAAUCGCCCAGCACUAGAUUGAACAACCCUCACUGUGAGGGCACUCCAGCGCCAGAAUUAAGAGCACACUGAUUAAAAACAUUCAUCUUCGCCGCACUUCUUCAUACCAAGAGACGUGUCAUGCAAUCCCUGUCACUUUAGAACUCCACUCGGUUGUAUUAUUUAUAUGUUGAGAUAUGAACGCGUUACUUGGUCUUCGCCGGUGCUAUUUUUUCGAUUUGUUUGUGUGCCUCAGCGGGCUGGAUCAUAGGACGAGAAUGGGAGGGGGUGGCAAUUGCUCCUUCAGCAGAAAGAAUCACCCUCUGAAGGAAGCUGGGGACAAGAGUGCUGAAGGCAAGGGGGGGGAUUGCACAUCUUCUGGCUGAUUGUGCCAAUUUCACAGGGCCAAUGAAGGUCACUGGGGACAUCUCAGUGCAGCUUGGUUUGCAGCUUUAAAGGGAAACUCCACUCUCGCGUAAAAAUGUUCAGGCUCAUUAUUUGUGACCCGUUGCAUCGAAACCAGUCACCCAGCUCUAAAAUUGAUCAUUUUGAUUUUCGGCAUUUCUUACUUAGCAUUUGAAAACUACAAAAGAUAUCUGAAAUCCUAGCUGUUGAAGUAAUUACGAUUUUUUUUUUUGUCUUUUAAAUUGUUGACACCUACAGUGAAAGCAUUUCAAUUCAACUUAGAGGAGUUUUCUCAAUCCUUAUGAUUGGUUUGCUUACAAAAGAAAGCAUAGACUUCAUAAUAUAUUGACGGGGCGCAGCGCCAAUUCAUAGGGGGGCUGCAUUGUUGGCUUGGCCGUCAAAGCUGACUGAGUGGAAUCACAGACAAAGAGCUUUUUUCGUUUAAAAUUCUUGUGAAUAAAUGCUUAAAUCCCUGAAUUCUAUACAGAUAUGGACGAUUCUUGGUUAAAAGCAAAAAAGAAAAAAAAAAACGUGCAGUUGUCAUUUAUUUAAUGUAAAUAUUGCAAAAUAAGAUGCUGGUCAGUAAGCAAAUUAAGGGACGCCAUAUGUAAACGAAGAGAUUUUUCCGUUUAAAUUCUUGUGAAUAAGUGCUUAAAUCCCUACAUUCUUUAUAGAUAUGGACGUAAAACAGUCUGGAUUCUUGGUUAAAAGUACAAAAAAAAAAAAAAAUGGGCAGUUAGCAUUUAUUUUAUAUAAAUAUGGCGAAUGUGCUGCUAGUCUUUAAGUCACUGUGGCGUCCCCCUUAGCACUACAAAGAGCUUUUUGCGUUGAAAAUUAUUGUGAGUAAAUGCUUAAAUCCCUGAAUUCUUUAUAGUUAUGGACGUAAAACAGUCUUGAUUCAUGGUUAAAAGCAAAAAAAAAAAAAAAAAAAAAAAAAGGGCAGUUUAGCAGUUAUUUUACGUAAAUAUUGCAAAGUAUAAUGCCAAUGCUACAGCGGCUAAUUUCUCCCAUUGAUUUCAAAAUGCAUGCAUGGUACAAAAAAUAUAAUAAUUACCUUGACUCCUCGAACAAAUCACUCCUGAAAUAAUCCUUCGUGUUUGUAUGCAGUACAGCUUUCGUACUUUCAACCUAAAUCCGGCGUUAGAAUGCUGCAUGUGACCAACUGCUAAUAAAUGAAGCGGAAUGUGGGACGGCCCCCUUCAGGAAGGCGUGACGCAGUGAAUGUUGAAUGUGUCACGUCAAUAUAUUAUGAAGUCUAUGGUUUAAGACGCAGACAUUGAAGGGAAAGUUUCUUAGGUGGGAGUUUUUUCAUAAAUCAUUCAGAAAAUUUAAAUAAAAUAGAAAAUGCAGUUUCUGGAGAAAUUGCGAUAGUAGCUUUGCUUUCGCAGGAAAACCCCUUGGGGUCACGCCCUGCUGAUUUCAGGUCACUUCCUGCUGAUUUGGGGACAUUUCAGGGUCUCUUCCUGUUCAUAACAGGUCACUUUCUAUUGAUUUGGAGACAUUAUAUGGUCACUUCCCGUUAAUAUCAGCUCAUUCCUUGUUGAUAUUUUGACGUACAUGGCCGUCACUGGCAUCAACUUGUACAUUGCGUCAAUGGAAUUCAAGUACAAUGGCAUCAAUAAAAUCGACAUAUAUGGCCAUCAGUGGCAAGGACGUACAUGGCCGUCAAUGGCAUGGACGUACAUGGCUUUCAAUGGAAUCCAAGUACAUUUGCAUCAAUAGAAUCGAGAUACAUAGCUGUCAAUGGCAUAGACAUGCAUUGCUGUCAAUGGCAUUGACUUACUUGGGCGCCAGUUGAAUGUCAAUAGUAAAAUCACAACCACCCAUGUUUUUCUGCCAUUGAAAAUGAAGGGGAAAUUUUGGCCAUGAGAAAUAAAUGGAAAGACGUACAGUCCAUGGCAAUGACAUCCCAUUAGAAAUGAAUGAGAAUUUGUUUUGCAUAUUUUGUACACAACUUUUAUGCCCCUUCCUGAUUUUUUUAAUUUAUGAUUUAUGUGAAUUGGAUCAAAUUUGUAAGAGG